UCGUCCCCGUGCAUGAGUAAUCAUCUUUAUUUUGCUCCCAUUUCAAUCGAGUGUUGCUGAAUUCUACUUGAAUUUGCUGCAGACGCUGAAAUCAGACUCGAGUGCCAGAGAAGAAUCCAGGACAAGACGGGAGAUGUCCCCUUGCAGAGAGGUGUCUUUUCCGCGGGGUUUUCGACUUCAUCUGAAGGUGCCAUGAGAAGCGAUGACGAUGCUCAGAUACCAGAGCAGCAUCGCAUCACUGUGGAUGAAGAGAAGGAGGCCCAAGUGACCGUCCACGCUGCCCCGAGCAUCUCCUGCGGAUGCUCCUGCUCUCCGUCCUGCCACUCACUGGCCUCCAGCAUCAACGACCUGUCCUUUGAGGCCGAACAGCUGGACAGGGCGAUACGCGCCAAUGACACGCAAGUGGUACGGCGCAUGCUAGAGAUCCACCACGGAAGCCUCCUCUUAGACAAGUCCAGCGAGGGUUCCCAGGACUUCCCUUUCCUCAGGGACCUCUCGCCCUCCUUGGACCACGAACCCCCUCGACCCCCCAUUUUCGUGAACGCCCUUCAUCUUUCGGUCGAGUGCAACUCCCUGGACGUUGCUAGGCUUCUCCUGAAAUAUGGCAUGGACCCGAACGAAGCGGGAAUCCCACCCUCCUCCGUGGAGGUGUGGAGGAGAGGCAGCUGCAACUCUAACAAUUUUCUUUCCCCUUGUACCUUCAAAUACCCUCCAAGUUCCAAAAAGCAUUUGCUUACUUCACGACAGUGCCUCGAUUUACAGCUGAGAACAGUUUACAUCUCAUCUGACGACAAGAGAGUUUAUUACGAUGAUCACUACACGCGAGAGAACCUGUAUGCACUCGCCCCUUUGUUUCUCGCCGUUGCAGUAGGUAAUGCUACCAUGGUUCAUCUACUUCUCAAAUAUGGGGCUAACCCCAGGGUGCAAGAUGGACAUGGUGUCACACCUCUUCACUUGGCAACAUGUCAGAACAAGGUUUCGUGGUCUUGCAUACGGCUUCUGUUGGAGAGAGGUGCCAAGAUCAAUAUGCCCAACAAUCAGGGCGUGUGCCCUCACCAGCUGCUGGACUCGUCGGACUUGAAUCUGAUGCAAAAGUCGCUGGUGGAGGACGCUUUUAGCUGCUUUUUAGCCCACCCAGUGUCUCGUGUUGAAGGAGAAGAGUCCUUCUUGAGCACAGGGAACAGUUUCAGGAACUAUUUUCUCCUGAGAAGAUUCCAGGAGGGUAAAAGCGCCAGCCGACAGUCGUCCAAGGUCAAAGACGUGGAUGAGGAAACGUCGCAUCAAGAAUCCCUGCCACGCAAUAGUUUAGAAAAUAGCUCGCACACCGAGGAUGAAGUCUCGGAUAUGUUAGAUUGCACGGAUCAAAGACGUUGCAGUAGUACUAAGUCCAAAGGUAGAACUAGAACACCAAGUGAACCUUCUGAAACGCGCGUCUCGCGAGCUGAAGUAAAUCUUUACGUACUGACCAAGAUGGCGAGCAAUGAUGAAUGCCUUCUGCCGUUGCUGACGAAUUUUCAUUUUCAUCUCCCCGCCAUCAUUGAACUCACAGAUAACGUCAGCGGACAGAGGCUCCACAAACCGACGGCAGUCUUUCUGGAACAGCUGCUGAAGACAACAUACCAGAACUUCAAGGCCACCCAUCAAACCCACGCCCUCUGCCUUCUUCUGCGAGUAGCCGUUGGCUGCCUGCGCGCGGGCCAGUCCCUGCAAUAUUCAGGACUGUUGCUCAUCAACAAGGUGAUCGACACCCUCGUGGUGCACGCGCUGCCCCUGGACUCAAACGGGGAGACUCCUCGAAUCGACGGACCCUCUAGCAUCCUGUCCGGAACCUGCACCCAACUCCUCCUCAAUGCCCUCAAUAAUGGCAUAACCCUGCAGAAAAGAGGCGUCGGCAUUCGGUUGCACUGCACUCCUAGCCACAGAUGGCGCGACUGUAGCUACCAUUGCUUGCAAAUCCUGAGCGGGAGGGCCUUACUCUACUGCUGCCACCUUGAAUCCAUACAAUCCAAGCUCAUGGAAGAUGCACAUCUCAAAAUUUUAGUUUCUGCAUUAGAUGCCACCCAUGAUCCACAACUUUUGUGCCUUGUACUGCAAGCUGUCUGCAUCCUGUCCAUGAAUCCGGCCUUCCACCGCGCCCUUUCGGAGUCCGGCCUCCUGGAUUACCUGACCCAGCUCCUGCUGCCUUCGGACGAGUGGUACUACACCAACCACUCCACCCAGUACGCGCGGUACGUCAAGCACCACGCAGCCAGGAUACUCGUCUACCUGGGACAAGAGCUUCACAUCAAAAUCAACAUCUUCGAUACCUUCGACGAUACAGAUGUCACACACGAUUCCCCGGAAGAUGACUACAUUCGAAGAACUUCGCUUACGCCUACCACAAAAUCGUCUGCAUCCCUGGAGUAUCUGACUCUCCACAUGCUGAAAGACAUUCAGAAGAAGAUGCGAAUGACAGACCCCUGGGACACCCUGAGGCGAGGUUCAGAAGACAGCUUUUCAUACUACCUGACCGCACUUCCUAUGUUCGUGCAUCCCAUUAUUUUAUUCCGACUCCUCAAGCACAGGCUUCUCACAUCCCUGCGUCGCAAUGCUGGAGAGAAUAGAAGUCGAGCUUCAUCUGCUGGCAAUGAGGAAUCCCUGAGACUCAGGAGACACAACGACUCUUCUCCUAAUCUACAGGUGGGCCGCUCGGGGCUCACCUUUCUGACGCCCCUGCAAAUCCCCCCUUCCACGCAGAGCGAUUGUUCGGCCAGUCCCUCUCCAUCCUUCAAGAGCAAGAAGACUUUCAGGUUCUGCAGCCUGAGGAGGAAGAAGUCCGUGAAUGAGGGUGCUUUCAACUCUUCGCACAGUGAUACUAGUGAGGCUGACAUAGUGGCUUUUCAGAGGGAGCUUCAGAAUCUGCCAACUUACCAUAGUAAGAAGCAAUCGGAAUGUUUGCUGCGCCCCCGCUCCUGCUCUGUGCCCCGCGUCACCUUGGACAGUUCUCCCAUCACCCGCAGUGCUACCACAGAGGGCAGUUACACACUGGGGGACUGGGCUUGCUCGGAACUGAGCACUAGGGCCCAAAUGCCUUCAGAAGAAAGGGCCCUUUUCCGCCUACUCCUCGAGUGGGGCCAAAUGAGCCCAGAUGAUCUCUUGCUCGACAACAGGAAGGAAGUUGAAGAAUUCCUCGAUGCUGUGGGUAACAUAGGAGAACAGUACAGAAGGUGGAUUAACGAUAUUCGUAAUGCUUUUCGAAUGCAGGAAAAUGACUCGGACACAGAAGAAAAACAAGCCGAAGCCAUACGCCGAGAAUACGAGACGUUGCAGCGCCUUGUGGUGAGCGGGGACCUGCCAUGUUCGAAGGAGGAGGCCGCCCUGCUGGCAGGGAUCCAAUUGAGAAUAGAGGAAACAUGGCCUUCGGCGGGGAAAGAAGCCGACCAGAGGCUCAAGCUGCGCCCUAUCACGGAAGAUGCGAAGGAGACGACAUCUGAGAGCCAGGACGAGAAGUCUGGCUUCAACAAUGCCGUAUCCAAGAGCACCGCCAUCCUUCGCAACUGGAUGAGCUCCAACGGCAGCAAAGACAACAACGUCCUGGAGGACUGCGUUGCUCCCAUGUACCGCACCACCAAGAAUAUGGGGAAAGCCAUCAAGGACCAGAAAAGAAAACUUUUCCAUUCUCGAGUGUACGAAAACGAACUACACCUGAAAAAGCUGUACAUACAAAACUGUAAAAGGUUACCUGCUUAUGGCUGCAGAGUUUACCAAGUCAAAGAAAGGACCAAGAAAAAGGUGAACCGUCUUCUGGGUAUCGGCGUGGAGAAAUGCGUGCUGCUGGACAGCAAGAGUCUCCUGCUAACCAAGAGCCAGUUCACAUCGGACUUAGAACAAUGGCGCACAGGAGGCGGUCGUUCCCACGAUCAGAUUGUCCUGGAAUUCCGUGGUACCAAGUGGUCCUUCAUCGCCACCUCCCCAGGAUCCCUCAGGUCCAUCAGCACCGAACUCUGGGAGGUAAUGCAAGACCUCAACGCACACUUCCUCGAUGAUCACCUCAUAGCAUCCCGCCAGGACAUCGAUAAUGAAAUUCGCAAAUCUCUAGUCCAGAAACAAGGUCUGGAAAGAUCCACCGUGUACAAAAGAGAGCUGGAAUCUCUACAAAAUAUUCUGCAUUUCCCCGAGGUUGUAGCACUCCAACUCACCGAGGUGGAAUACGAUUUGUUCUUCAAGGUGGCCCCCAUCCAUUACGUUCGACAAGUGACCCUCCAUCUAAGCAGAGAUGGAAUUAACGAGAACGCUGUCAAAUCUCUAGUCAAACGAUUCCAAGAGAUCAGCUCUUGGGUAACACACAUCAUCGUCUCCCAACCUACGCAUGAGGAUCGAAAAGCCGUCCUCUCAUGCAUAUUAAGAAUUGCCACCACCUGUUGGAAUCUCAACAACUUUAACACCGCCAUGGAAAUCCUUGCAGGACUCAAGUCUGAGAAACUGAAACCGUUCUGGCUGUCCCUGCCAGAAAAAGAUAAUAUUCCCUGUUUAGAGAUGCUCACGAACGCUCUGCUGACGCCCAAGCUGUCUCCGGAAUAUUGUUCUGCAGUCGAGAGGGCUCUGUCUUCCCCGCACAGCAGAGUCAUACCGUUUUUUGGCACAUUCCUCAGAGAGAUUAAAGAUAUACUGAGGGGAACACCUAGUCUCGUGGUUCUGGCACCUGGCGAUGUGAAUGAACUACAGUUUAUAUCCGACAAUUGCGGUGAGGACCAUUUCUUCUCUCGAAUCGGAGUCGGUGGUUUAAUUAACCUGGAAAAAAUCAGGAAAACACACGCAGUUUUAAGGGAAAUUCAAGCCUUCCAUGAUCAUGCCGAAGCGAGAAACAAAGUACAAAUUGAGGAAGUUCCGCCUGAUGAAAGAGAAAGCACGGAUACUGAUGAAGAUGAAUCUCUAUACGAAGUCCAAAGUUCUCCGCACGAUCCUUUCGUCAGUCUGUUUCCUGUCAGCUCCAAGUGUGAAAGUUACCAACUCCUCCAGUUCCUCCACCACGGCUGCACUGUUAUCCACUGGGACGAAGAUAUGUCCCGGUCUGCACUGGUCUUCCUCAGACUGGAAAGGAACAACGGGACCAUCACCUGGGCUAGGCCCCCGUGGAGUUCCCUCAAGGGCACUGGCCCACUGGACUACAACCUCAUCAGCUCGGACUAUGACCCGAUAUCACCUGGAUUCCUUCUCAAGUACGAAACCUCCGAUAUAUCUUACAAUUCCAUUGAGGAAGGAUUUCUUGAUUUGUCUAGUGUGAAAGAGGUCACCAUGGUGCCCUGCGAAUCGAACAAUGUCACAAAGAGGCAUGGCAUACCGGAUGAUGUGGAGAAGAGUUGUCUGAGGUUGCAUUAUGGGAGUAGCCUCUCUGAUAACAGGUAUCUAGAGAUGGUGGCACCGAUGAUGGUGACGAAACUGUGGCUCAAAGGAAUCGAGUUUGUGAUUGGCGAACUGAAGAAGCAAAAAACGUUGAGUGAUAGGAGGAUAUCUUGGUUGAAAGAAAAAUAUUUAUAUUUAUAUUUUGAGGACCUUGUUUGCUGUGGACCCACUCCGGCGGAUGCUAUACAAGUAUUCGGUGGUCGAAAAUGGACGUUAGGAUCCGUGGGCAGUUCAUCCUCGAUGGACACGUCUGGCUUCAAGCGCGUCGCCAGCUUUGGCGUGAGCACAGGGAAACUACGGAAAAAGAAGUCACAAACUUCGCUGGCAGCCAUCCGAGAUUGUAGUCCUAAAUCCCAAUCUAGUCUUACUUCUGAAAUCCUGGGAGAGUAUUCCAGAAGAAGUCCUUCCCUUCGAACCAAACGGUCUCACUUAAAGUCAACUGAUGCCUCUGAUGAUACAGAGUUUCCAUCGACGCCUGGUUUCAGUUCCAACCAUCGGGAUCGGAGUCGGAUAUUUUCAUCGUCGCCCAACCAGGGCGAAGAGUCACCUCCCCUCACCUGCGGGCCAGCCAUCACACAUUCCAGUCAACUGGACUUCACUCAGUUCACUGAGCUCUUCAGGUCGUUUCUGGUGAGAUCCAGGAAAGAUCUGCGAACCUUGUUCGAACAGGUGGCCGUGUCUUCCAAAGGGCUUUCUGAAAAUCACAACGCGGAGUCUGCAGAAUGGGACAAAACAGCGGCAUCUUCGAAAAGAGUGCUAGGUUUAUUGACGAGAAACACUCCAUUCGACUAUAUGGAUAACACUCAGCACAAGAAGAUCUGUGACGCCUUGGCCGCCGCCAGCAUCGUCACCAACUGCGCUGGCGUGGACACAUCCAAGACCCUGGUGCUGGGUGUGGAAGAGUUCCAGCGUUUCUUGAACGAGCAGCAAGGCGAACAAAAGACUGAAAAAGAAGUGAUUUCUCUGAUACGACGCCAUGAGCCGGAUGCAGAACUACGCGCGAAGAACUGUCUGUCCUUUGAAGGAUUCGCGAGAUAUCUCAUGGACAAGUGCAAUUACGUCUUUGUCCCGGAGACUCUGGAAGCAGAUCCAAACACAAUGAAUCAACCUCUUUCACAUUAUUUCAUCGCUUCCUCUCAUAAUACGUACCUCACUGGACAUCAGCUGAAAGGCGAAUCAUCUGUCGAGUUAUAUAGCCAGGUUCUUCUGACCGGAUGUCGCUGCGUUGAACUGGACUGUUGGGACGGAGAUGACGGUAUGCCUGUCAUCUAUCACGGGCACACCCUCACCACCAAGAUACCCUUCAAGAGCGUUGUGGAUGCCAUCAACCGCAGCGCAUUCGUCACUUCCUCAUAUCCUGUUAUUUUAUCCAUUGAGAAUCAUUGUUCACUGCAACAGCAAGCAAAAAUGGCACAGAUUUUCACGAGCACAUUCGGUGAGAGACUCGUCACCCGAUUUCUGUUCGAAUCGGACUUCGGCGAUGAUCCGCAGCUCCCUUCUCCCAACCAGCUGCAAUACCGAGUUCUUAUCAAGAACAAGAAAAUGCGUGUAGCCAUCACCCCUGCCUUGCCCACUAAAACUCGGCAAGGAAAACUAGGAGGCGGCCGAACAAAUAGCAUCAUUUCAACGGCAAGUACAGGAUCUUUUAACGAUGAGGACGAUGAUGAUUAUGAAGAUGAUGAAGACGAUGAAUAUAUCAUCGAUGAGAACUUCCCAGAAGUGGAACAAGAUGAUCGCCAAAGUUCCGGCACCGUCAGCAAAAGCGUCUCACUAACCGUUCGCACCGAGUCACUGUCCAGCCAGGAGGAGUCGUAUCGUGACAAACCACAAAACGUACAAAGCAAAAUGACUUCGGCCCCUUCAGAAGCUGACGAUGAUAAGAACAAGAAAUCUAGCAGUCAAAUAGCACCGGAGCUUUCAGAUUUGGUGGUUUAUUGUCAAGCCAUCAAAUUUAGAGGGUUUGUUCAAGGCAACUGCAGUCCAACCAACUCUGUCAAAGUGAAAAAGAUGAGCAGUCGGAGGAAUCUGCUGGCGUCUUCGGGAGCUUCUUCGCUGCCGGGAACACCACCCACUUCUUAUGUUGACGCCAAGACAGAGCAAGCCUACUUGAAGCGAGCGCAGGCGCCCUGCUUCCAGGUUUCCUCUGUGAACGAAAAUACCGCCAAAAAACUCUGCAAAAGACAUCCACUGACACUCAUGGCUCAUUGCGAGUCCCAGCUGAUGAGGACCUACCCGGCUGGAAUGCGCAUCGACUCGUCCAAUUUCAACCCUCUAAUCUUUUGGUCCUUCGGAAUUCAGAUGGUAGCACUCAACUACCAAACAGAAGAUUCUGCUCUGCACCUGAACACGGCCAUGUUCGAGCAGAACGCCUGCUGCGGCUACGUACGGAAACCCCGCGUGAUGUGGGACCGAUCACACAUGAUGUAUGGAAGGUUUAACCCAUGGGAGAAGAGCUUCGACGGUUUUCACGCACUAAAUCUUUCCAUUACAGUCAUUUCCGGUCAGUAUGUGUGCCCAGCGACCUUCAACGGGAGUCCCAUGGUGGAACUCGACGUCAUUGGAAUUCCUGUUGAUUGCAAUCGUUACAAGACUAAAAUAGUACAAAGAAAUUCUCUUAACCCCAUAUGGAAUGAAGUAUUCAACUUUCGGGUUACUUUCGUUGAUCUGGCUUUCAUUCGGUUCUCUGUGAUGGAUAUGGGCAACAAUCAUCUCACGGCACAGAGGGUCAUCCCCCUAGGAAAGUUGAAACAAGGGUACAGACACGUUAGGCUGAGAAACGCACAGAAUCAACCAUUGCCUUUGUCCACUCUGUUUAUCCAUUCCGUGUGGGAGGAGGAAGGUUUGGAAGUGUCCGACAGCAGUGAUCCUUCGGCCAGCCCCACUGUGGGCAAAGACUGCGUCAAGACGGAGUUGGGGAGCCUGCCCGUGAAGCGAAGGAUGUUCUUCCUGGUUGUCCACGGAGUGGUGCCUGAUGAGCCGAACACCAUUCUUAAGAUCACUCAGGAAAGUACAACGAGAGAUGUCAUUGCGCAGGCCCUGAGUAAGAGCAACAACUCCGAUUCGGUGGAUGACUACGUCCUUAUCGAAGAAGUACAGCAAGGAUGGGAAAAGAAGUCUUCUGACAGACGAAUCAUCCGACGUUUCCUGGACUUCAACGAAAGGCCUCUCGAAGCUCAGGCGCAGUGGCAGGGAGAAGGCAAAUUCAUCCUCAAAAAGCUGGCAGAUGACCCAAGUACCAGAGCGUGGAUUACUACCAUUCGAGGUACUAUCAACAAGUCAAAGAAGCCGAUGGAUGUGAACGGAGGUGAGUUGAGAGGGUGGACAGAUGGAGAAGAGGCUUUUCUGGUGUGCGUCUACAAUGUAGCCCCCGACCAACCCUACGCUGUCCUCAAAGCUCCCACCUCUAGCACUGCUCAGGACAUCGUAGCACAGGCUCUGAUCAAAGCCCGUCGGAUGGAGGAUCCGAGCAAGUUCGUGCUAGUGGAGGAAGUGGAGUUCUCGCCGUCCGGCAGGCAACGAGGCAGGACGCUACAUGACAAUGAAAACGUUUUCCUGGUGCAGCAGAAGUGGAAGGCUAAAGGGUGGUUCGAGAUGAGAGAAAAGGACCAAACAAAAUGUGAUAGAAAAAGUAAAAAGACAUCCGCUUUAAGAAGAUUUGGGUAUUCUUCAAAAAGUGGCGACGGCAGCAGCCGCAGCUCGUGGCGCCAGGUGCACAGCGAGGGCGAAGACGAGACGCGCGAAAGCACUGUGAUGAAAAUCAAAAGACUCUCCCUCAAGAAACUGAAAACGUGGAGAUGACAUAUCAUGAGACUCAUCUGCUGUGGAAGAUGCUUAUUUUUGAACGCUUCUGUAUAUGGAUUCCAGCUAACAGUUCCUAAACAAUGAGUUGUUUCCGUUUCAUCCCCAUCAUUUUCAUUUCCGCACUGCAGCAAGGAACCUCGAAGCACGGUGCACACAGUAUUUACACUACCAAAGAAAUACUUAAGGAUUUAGAGACAUUGUACAGACAAAGUUUAUAUAUAUACACACAUAUAUUUAUACACAUUUGCACGGUUAAUUAUACGAUGUAAAAGCACAAAUGUGAUUUUUAAUUGUGCACAACUUUUUAGCUUGGUUAGGUUAUUUGCUGAGCAUUUAGUUUUUCAAUGUAAAUGAUUCGAAAAAGCAAGCGAAGAAUACCUCAAACUUUUGUUUAGAUACGAAAAAUUAUCUCUAUAUAUAAGUGUUCAAUAAAUUAAAAUAAUGUUCUUUCUUCUUUUCUAAUAUUCUGACAUAAUUAAUCAGAAUGUCCUAUGUUUUUUUUUAUUAAUCAAUGUUCUGUUAUAUUAAUUGCUUAAUGUUUCUUAAUAUGGGAAAAAAAAGUGCGAUACAUGGAUAGUGAAUUAAAAUUACGCACAAUCAAAGAUUAUCAGAUUCCCUGCAGGGUUCCCAAUUCUUUUCAGUAUCAAUUGUUCACAAUUGCACUUUCAUGUUAUAUGUAGAUAUUUCUUUUUGAAGCAUGUUCUCAUCACUACAUUUCUGGAAGCUUUUGUCUGUCUGUAUAGCUAGACUUUAAUAUAUAUUAAGCAAAUAAAUUUACUAACAAAUGCACCUAAAUACUUUUCAAUUAAUUUUACCAAAAAGAAAUAUAUACCUGAUUAAAUUUGUUAUAAAAUAUGUUAUUAAAAAAACUGUGAAUUUUAGCUAAAUAAUUUAUUUAAAAAAAUCUUUGUAAUAAGCAUCUGAGAAAUUUUUUUUAUUCAUAAUGCAAUAUUAGUAGUUCAAUUAUGUGUCAAUAAUUGCACAAAAAAAUAAGUGAGGUUAUAUUAUAACAAAGAAAGGUGAGUGUUAAAAUUUAAAAGAAAAAUAUUUGUUUAUAUAUUUAAGAAAACAGAAAAAUGUGAAUUCUUAUUUCCUAUGAAAGCUUUUUUUCUUUCACUUUCAUCCAUAAUUCUCUGACAUGUAAUGAAUAAUAAAUCUUCAGACGAAUGCAAAAUCAAGCAAAUGUUCAAUUAGUCAUAAAGUCAAAUCAUUAAGCCAGACCAACACUAUUACGUGCCAAUAAUACAACAUGAAAGAAAAAAAAUUUAAGAUCAUGAAAAUGAUUAUCAUCAUAAAAAAAAUUAUUGCAAUUACUUCUAAUACGAUCAUCUACUGUCAGUUUCAUAAUUUACUAACUUUUGGGAACCUUGCAUAUCAAAUAAAAUGGAAGUGUGUUUAUUUUCCAGAAAAAUUACAGCCCUGUUAUAAAGGAUUUUGUAUGAUUAAAACCAUUAUUAAUAUCAUCAGCAACAUGGCUAAGAGUUGAAGUUGCACAACUCAGGUGAAAGUAGCAGCUAUUUGAACAGAGCUUUCAGUGCCUCUAAUGAAAUGAAGAGCAAGAUUAGGAUUGUAAGAAUUAGAAAUGUGUUAAGCUUUUUAUACAGCUUUGAAUUAAUUUUUUCACAAUGUUUUCUGCAGAAUAUAUUCGAAUUUUUCUUGCAGAACAAUGUGAUUGAAUCUUGUUAACUUGCAAAUUUUGAGAACCCAAUUUAGAAAUUUUGUGUUUGCUUUUGAUUUAAAAAAAAAAAAAAAGAUUCAAAAUUUGGAGUAAUCUUUAUGAAUAUUUAAUUAAAAUUUACACUUUUAAUUCAAUCCUUUUUCCAAAAUUUCAUGCAACAGAAAAUAUGAAUUAUUUUUACAUAAGAAUUUGGCACUAUAAAUUGGUGAGAAAACUUAUUUGGGUUUAUAUUGAAAAAAGUAAUAAAAUGAAUAUCUGUUAAUAGUAUAUUGAUAAAUUUUUUGUUUAUUAAUAUGAAUUAUGUGUAAUUGCAGAAAAAAAGUUGAUUUUUAGCUAUGAUAGCACUGUCUUUUAUUUAAAGGAAAAUUCUUGACAGCAGUAAUCCUACAGAAGGAUACAGCUGUAUUGUUACACAUUCAAAAGUAUAGAUUUUAAAAAGUCUAUAAAUAGUAUAGAAGGUUAUUAAUCAACAUUUUAUAUUUUUAUUUUUAGUAUACAAAUAAAAUAGUGUUUUAAAAAUACUUAAUUAAUAUAAAAUGGAUAGUUUUGACACAGCAUAUUUCAUUUUUUAAUUUAAUUCAUUACAGUAACAGUCAUCUUAACAAUUUUAUAUGAAAUUUGUUUGCACUUUUUAAAAAUAGUGAUUUAAAAAAAAAAAAUUAUUGUUCAUUUUUCUACUUGAAUUUCACAGGGUAUUUUUCUUAAAAAUUCAACAAGUUAACAAGGUUUAACUAUCAUAUUACUCAAACUGUUACUUAAAUUUUUUAAAAGUGUAUAUAUUAAAUAUUCUAACAACAUAUGUGCAGAUAUAAUAGUAUACAUAGCUGGUAUAUUUGCAAAAAUUCUAUUUUAUCUCUCUUAAACAAUCAGUAUAAAUUUAGAAUGAGAUAUUACAAAGUACUAUUAAAAUUUUAAUAAAAUUGUCUUUCCAUAUCAUAUAAUGUAAAUCAAUAGAGAUAUCGAGUUUUAUAAGAGCUGAAUAUCUCACCAAGAGAUUUGUACUGGAUAUUUCUCGAUUCAAAGUAGAUUUGGCCAAAUGAAAUUUUUAUCUGCUUUUACUAAAAAUAGAAAUUAGGUGGUAGAAAGUGUGUAAGUCUGGUAGCCAAAAUUAGUUUAAAAGCUAUAUUUAUACACACUAGAUAUCAGCACUCUGAAUCUGAAGCCUAGAAUCAGCUAUGCAAAGCUUUAGUUAGUUACCUUUCUUCCAAACUCAGAUGAUAGAUUAACUGCCACAUAUUAAAUCCAUGAAUAUAAUUAUUCAAAGUGACCUGUUUUUAUACACGAUAUUUGUGACUCUAUUAUAACAAAAAAAAAAAUUAAUGUAUAAUGCCAAUAUAGUGAAAGCUUAUUGCCAAAUGAACUCGGUGCAAAAUGGUUGUACAGUUUUAAAGCACAAAUACAAAAUAUAUACCUGCUCAGGUGUGUAAAAUUAAUUUUAAUUGGUUAAAUCCUAAUAUUCAUGCAGUUAUGUAAAAAUUCAUGUUCAUCUUAUGCUGUUUCCUAUGAAUAACCUGUCAUAACUUUAUUAAAGUUAUCCAUUCAAAUUUUAUGUUGAUUAUAUACAGAUAAUUUUGCUAACUGUUAAACAAAAUUUAUAAUGUUAUUGACAUAUUGGGGUAAUUAAUGUUAAACUAACCCGAUUUGUGAAAAUUGUUUCUUUUAGUACAUUGAGCUUUUCAUAUAAGUGUGGCACAAAGCAUGUUUGCAUCAGUGUGAUCUAGUAAAAACAAUUUUGUUAUCCAUAUUUAUUCAUGUUUUGUAAUAUUAAAAAUCCAAAUUUAAUCACAAAAUAUUGAUGUACAAAAUUACAACCCAUGUAUAGCAUGAAGUUCAUAAUGAAUAAUAUAUUUUAUUAUGAAAUGGGUUUAAAACAAUUAAAGCAAAACUGUAUAGCAAAGAUCACGUUUUUACUGUACUUUGUUAAAUGUGAAAUUCUUUUAAUGUAUAUAAAUAUUGUAUGCAAAUAUCAUAAGAAUUGUAUAUUAAUACUCUGUAUAU